AUGCAUCGACCAAGCAUGGCUCAUCGUUCAUCCGUUUCAAUGAUAGUCAUUGACUAUCCAUGGACCAAAACUAAAGAAGAUGUUGCUGCUUUUUACAAUGUUGAAGAGAGCAAAGGUCUCUCUGAGGAACGUGUUAAACGUGAUCUCGAAAGAUAUGGAUAUAAUGAAUUACCAGCCGAAGAGGGUAAACCACUUUGGAAACUUAUCUUAGAACAAUUCGACGAUCUCCUAGUCAAAAUUUUACUCGCCGCUGCUACUAUUUCAUUUGUCUUAGCUUUAUUUGAAGAACACAAAGAAGAAGACAGUCUUGUAGCAGCUUUUGUUGAGCCACUUGUUAUUCUUCUUAUUCUCAUUGCAAAUGCUACUGUCGGUGUAUGGCAGGAACGAAAUGCAGAAAGUGCUAUUGAAGCAUUAAAAGAAUAUGAACCUGAAAUAGCUAAAGUUGUUCGACA